UUAACGAUUUCUUCUUCUUUCACGAUUUCUAAUUCUAACCAGUGCUAAGCCGUUUCACUCAAAUCCGUCUAUCAUUUCCUCUCUUAAAUCCUACCACCAGCAUCCUCUCUCUCUCUCUCUCUCUCUCUCUCUCGAAAUGGCACAAUCUCAGGGAACAAGUGUCUCCCUCAACACUGAAAUCGUGCUACCGAACGACGUUAUCAUCGAGAUUCUCAGCUGGCUCCCAGUAAAAUCCCUCUUGAAAUUCAAAUGCGUCUGCAGAUCAUGGCGAGCCCUAAUUUCCAGCCGACGCUUCAUCAAAGCCCAACUCGAGAGCUCAAAAUCAGCCCCAAAUUUAGCCCGCGAUAUGCUCGCUAUUCCCUGUGAAGAUGAAAUACGUAAUCUUAAGGUGUGUUCGGUUAGUUCGAUGCUGCAUGAAUCUGUUUCUCAAGUAUACGAUUUCAGUUAUCCAUUCGAUUCAUCAUCUUGUGUGGUGGAAAGUUCGCGUGAUGGUUUACUACUACUGUCGUCGUCAGACGAAAUGAUUCUGUGGAACCCAUCUACGAGAACUUGGAAAACUCUUCCUGAUUUCGACCAGGAAUUCGUUCAUGGGUAUGAAUUAUGUUAUGAUAAAUCGAGUGAUGACUAUAAAGUGGUGGCGUUUUCCGAUUCUUCAAAUUCAAUAGUAACAGUUUAUAGUUUGGGGAAUGAUGAGUGGAAAAGGAUCAAGGAUAUAAGUAGUCUGGUGAUGGGAGGUAGUUUGGUGAUGACUUGCAAUGCGUUUGCAAAUGGGAAGUUGUAUUGUUUGAUUGAGCCGGACUUUGGAUCCUAUUCGGAUAUUCUCUCCCUUGAUUUGGAGGAGGAGGAGUUUGAGAUACUGCAAAUGCCAAGCUAUGUGAAGGUUAUUAAUGGUUCAUCUUUGGCAGUGUCUGAGGGGUCGCUGUUCUUGCUCUGCCCUCAUCUGAAUAUGACUCGUGCAGAUGUGUGGAUCUUGGAUGGUUGUAGUGUGGGAACCAGGAAUUGGACUAAGGUCGUUACUAUGCCCUGUUGCCCUGAUGGUCGUUGGACGUAUGCUACAUAUUCAAGGUUAUUGUAUGUGUUGAAGAAUGGUCUGGUAAUGUUCUGUAUUGUUGAUACUAUUGUGGUGUACAAUACAAAGGAUGGCUCGUUUAGGUAUCAUCAUAUUGGAGACACUGAUGGUAUAGAAUAUACUUAUGUUGAAAGUUUAGUUUCACCGUUGGGAUGUUGUGAUACUGAAUGAAGAAGGUGCAUCUUUGUUUGUGCUGUUUGCUAAUUUCCGAUGUUGGAACUAUAUCUUUUGUAUUUGCAUGGUGACGAAGGGAUUUUUCCUCAGCCGCUAUAGGGUUCUCGUACCACUCGUGUUAGCCCUCCAUUUCUCCAUUGGAGGUUUUCCCCUAAUUAUUUUCCUUUUUAAAAAUCUCUGUAUCUGCAUUUGGUGGUUUUUAUAUUUACUUAUUUUCUUG